UUUGUAAGUGAUUUGUGUUUAUUUGCCAUGAUAAUAUAUCUAAAAUAUGACAAACAUGUUGAGUUUGUGGAAGACAUUUCACUUAAAGAUGGGUUUAUUCCAGUCAUUGGUGAUUCAUUGCCCAUUUUACCUGGGUCAAGCGAGCCGCUCCAACUUGACCCGUCGCUGUGGUACAAAACCCUAGUCGUGAACGCAGUGUAUAUCGACUGCGAUGACAGGGAAGUAAGAUGGACACGGUCUGUUGAUAGCGACAGCACACACACACAAUAUUCAUAUGCAGAGGGAUUCUUUCCGAAACAUGCACAACAAUUGCAUGACAUUAAUGUGUACGAGUUUGACCCCACAAAGGACGAAUUCCUUGACAGGGCCAAUGACGUUAUGGAACAUUAUAUUGCUCAAACAAUAACAAAAGAGCACUUUAAAAUUGAUGUAAUUCGUCUUUUGCACUGUUACAUUUUGCCUUUGCUUCAGUUUGAUCAAAUGGAUGGCCCUGCCAUAGAAAAUGUGUUAUCCUAUGUUGAAACUAGACACGAAAAAAUGGAACUAACACUUCUGAAAAAAACUGAGGAAUUGCAACGAACAGAAAAUGUACUGCAAAAACAGAGAGAGAGAAUAUUGUUAAAUGAACAGUUUGACAGUGAUAAAUAUGUAUGGUCAUGUAACCGAGUCUUUUUGACUGUGUACUUGAGCCACAUAGAAAAAGAUAUUAAUAAUGUCAAUUUAGAGCUUGAUCAACUUUCAGAACAUAUUACUAACUUGAAAAAGUCUGCUAAAGAAAAUGCCAGCCAGACUUGUGAGGAAGAUCUGGUCCAGCAUCGUGAAACUAGAGAUAAAGUUUUGGAUUGGUUAGUAAAAUUACAAAUUGUCAGGGAAACAAUUAAAAAUGUUAUUUAUCGACCAGUCAAAACAAAGAAAAAUAAAUACAGAAAGAUCAAAAUUAAGGAAAAUGUCAUACAUAACAUUUAUCAGGAACUUGAUAAUCGAAUAAGACAACAGAAGGAUGAUAUUCAGAGUCUGAUAAUGAAGAAGGUGAGGUUGUCUUCAGUCCGAGAAGCUGUGUAUGGAAUUCUAUGUGCACUCAGGAGAAACAAGGGGGCCACAAGUCCAAUUGAAACAGCGGAUGGUAGUGAGUACUCUCUGGAUAUUAUUGGUCUCCAGUCCAAGCCUGCUGACUGGGAUACCCUGGAGGAAAAGGUCAGUCGUCAGCUGGAAGAUUUAACCUCUGAUGUUCAUGCUGAACAUUCUCUUGGCUGUCAGAGAAUUUGUGAUCUGGUUCAAGCCUGCUUUACUGAAACCACUAUGUUUGGAUUGCAAACAGCUGAUGGUGAUUGGGAAUUGGUGACUACAGCACCAGGGUGUGUUUGCAGUGAAUUCACUGUUUCAACAAGCAGGCCUUCUCUACAACAAUGCACUGGACUUGAUAACCUUUCAGCAAUUAAUGUGAAUUUAGCUUUAGUAAACAUUAAAGAAAGCUUCAAAACUCACAUGGACAAGGUGUCUGAUAUGCUGAUGAAAUCUAUACCACACUGCACUCAUCAUCAACACAAAAUCUGGAUGUUAUAUGAAAACAUUUUCUCUCCAGAGUGUUUGCCAAAAUUGUUAACUCUUUAUAAACUCUCUGUCCAGUCCACCUGUCAGACAGUAUACAAAAUGGUCAGUGCAUUGUCUGUUAGAGACAUUAUGAAUGAUGAUCAAAGAUUUUUAAAACUGUUGCGUAUACCUGUACAUGGAGAAACACGUAGUACAGCUAGUCAUGAAAACCUACCUCCGGCAGAUCCACCAGGGCCUUGUGAAGCUGAUAGCAGACCUGUCAGUAAUGUGUCGUUAGUCAGCUUUGAGAUUAAAAAAUGUACACUGGAAGAGUUAUAUUCCAUGGCAGACAAAGACUGUAGUGUUCUGGACAGACGGUUUGCUGUUGAGUCGGAAGACAAGGUCGAUGUGGUGGACGAUGUAGUUGUGUCUCCUUCCAGCUCCAGCACAAACUUGACCUCGUCCAGUGAGGAAACUGAUGCUGAAGACGAACUGACAGAUACCUGUAAUUUGGAGGAUAUGUCUCUUGCAGAGGUGGAUUACAAGACCAAGCUGUCAGACAUGUUUGCUUCAACAAAGAACUUGCUUCACACAUUCCUCAAAGCAAAGACAGUCAUGGACAAGUUUCGGAUGCUGACUCGAGUGUAUAGAGAUGUUGGUCAAAUUAUCUCAACAUUGAUGGGAGACAAAGGGAUGGUGUGCUGUGAUGAAAUGUUGUCCAUGAUGAUUGUCCUCCUGUGGUGUUUGGAUAUGGAUACCUUCCUCGAUGUAUACACAAACAUCAAGCUGCUUAUAGACCUAAUGCCAGACUUCCUUAAUGGUCAUGUCCAUGACUGUUCACUGACAAAUUUUUCAGCUGCUUACCAAAUGCUGUUUGACACAGAAUGUUUGCAUAGAAAAACAGUUUGUAGGCAAUGACUUGUUGAGUUCACUUGGAAUACUAGUCUAUAGUCCAUCCCAUCCGUCCUACAAAAAUGGUUGUUUUAAAAAAAAAAAAUUCAGUUGGUUUGACGUAAGAAGAAAAGUAAAAGUGUUUUGAAAAUAAUAA